AUAAAGCGGGCUUCAGCUGGUCCCUUUUUAGGGAUGGAUACCCAUAUUAGGAUCAGACACCCCCCCGAAGGACGCCUGUUCGAAUAUCACAUCAAACGAAUCUUUGAUCAAUAGGUACAACGUGGAUGUCUACAACGUUGUUUUGGAUAUAACAGGCAAACAUUAUGCCCUUCAAAGUGCUGGUUACACGCCGAGUCCCUCAGGACGCUAUUGAGCUUCUCAAAGAUGCCAACUACCAGUUGGACUAUUGGGAAAAAGAUGAUCCAAUUCCAAGAGAUGAGCUCCUCAAGAGAGUCAAAGAAGUUGAUGCUAUAUUCUGCUUGUUGACUGAAAAAAUUGAUGCAGAGCUUCUAGAUGCUGCAGGACCACAGCUUAAAGUAGUUGCCACUAUGUCUGUUGGUUAUGACCAUGUCAAUACCAAGGAACUGGCUAAGAGGAAUCUGCAUCUUGGUUUUACGCCUGGAGUUUUGACUGAUGCAACUGCAACUCUUAAUGUGGCCCUUUUGCUUGCUGUGUCAAGAAGAAUUGUAGAGGCUGCUGCAGAGGCCAAAAAUGGUGGUUGGGGAACAUGGAAGCCAAUGUGGAUGACAGGAGCUACAUUGAAAGGAAGCACUGUUGGAGUAGUUGGGUUUGGAAGAAUUGGUUUGGCUGUAAUGAAGAGACUGGCUCCUUUUGGAGUUGCUAAGUUUCUGUAUAAUGACAUCAUACAAAGAGAUGAUGUGGCCAAGGAUGUUGGUGCUGUUUUUGCUGAUAGAGACACACUGUUCCGGGAGUCUGACUUCAUUAUUGCUUGUACCUUGUUGACUGACGAGACCAAAGGCAUGUUUAACAAGGAUGCGUUCUCCAAAAUGAAGAAGAAUUGUAUUUUUGUCAAUGCUAGCCGAGGUGGAGUAGUGAACCAAGAUGACUUGUACGAAGCCCUGAAGAAUGGAGAAGUAAGAGGCGCCGGUCUAGAUGUUACUGUUCCUGAACCUAUUCCCUUGGACCAUCCUCUACUCACCUUGAAAAAUUGCGUUAUUGUCCCCCAUAUUGGUAGCGCAGAAGAAGCGACCAGAACAGACAUGGCGACUCUUACAUCAAGAAACAUCAUCGCUGGACUGAAGGGCGAAAAGCUUCCAGCGGCAGCUCAACUAUGAAGAAAUGUCUUGGCGUUUUUGUUUUUUUUUAAACUAAUUUU